CUGGGUUGUGGGGUGCUGAGAAGGGCUUGGGAGGGGUGGGGGAUGCUGGGGAAGCCAGCCACUGCCUCUCUGCACCAUUACUGGUACCUGGCUCUGUCUCAUCCCUCCAUCAGCUGGGGCAGAGGGGAAGGUCCCAGGCUGGGGAGAUGCAGGAGCUUGUGGCCAGGGUGGAGAAGCUCACGUUCAAGUUGGAGAUGGAUGUGAUGCAGCAGAGAGGGGCCCUGCUGCUGCCCUUCCCGGGCAUGGACAAGUCGGGGGCAGCCGUGUGCGAGUUCUUCCUCCGCGGACUGUGUGGGAAGGGCCUGAUGUGCCCCUUCCGGCACGCGCAUGGGAAGAAGUCGGUGGUGUGCAAGCAUUGGCUGCGGGGGCUCUGCAAGAAGGGGGACCACUGCGAGUUCCUGCACGAGUACGACGUCACCAAGAUGCCCGAGUGCUACUUCUACUCCAAGUUCGGUGAGUGCAGCAACAAGGAGUGCCCCUUCCUGCACCUCGACUCGGCUUCCAGGGCGAAGGACUGUCCUUGGUACGACGAGGGGUUCUGCAAACACGGUCCCCUGUGCAGAUACAAGCACACCCGGAGGGUCAUGUGCACCAACUACCUGGCUGGCUUCUGCCCCGAUGGCCCUCGGUGCAAAUUCAUGCACCCCAAGGCCAACUUGAUGCUGGACAGCUUGGAGCGCUCCAAGGGGCUUCCCGUGACGACAGAUGGAGAUGGCGGUCACAAGCCGUCCCUCCCAGAAGCCCAGUUGUUCCCUCGCCCUUCCCGGGGCAGCAGUGCCCAGCACCCGGCCAAGAAAGCACCAGAGACCAGCGGCUACCCCUAUGGAUUCCUGCGGCCCCUCGAGCAAGUGACAUGCUUCAAGUGUGGGGAGAAGGGUCACUAUGCCAAUAAAUGCGGCAAGAGUCGUCUGGGGAUGCUGCUGGGGAAGUGACUCGUGAGCCUCCUUGGAGGAGAAGCCAGAGGAAGAUGCCAGGCUGCGACAGGCGGUAUCAUCUGGAAGCCCGUCAGAAUUUAACCGGGGAACCCAGCCAGGGAAACCCGGCUCGGGGCAACUUUCUUUGUCAGCUCCUUGCACAGCGAGAGGAGGGGGGGGGAUGCAGCUUCAGUGGUGUCGAUGGUAACCGCAGUUUCCACUGGCUUUGCAAAUGUCAUGCCGUCUCCUGCAUUGGAUCAAUGGCUCGCCUUUUCAGACUGUGCAUCAGAUGUAUAAUCAUGCCAGGACUAAAGUACGGGGUGAGCGCAGUCAGCGUCUGGAGCUGGGUUUAAUGUGGGGGGUGGGGAGGCUUUGCAGCAGAGGUGAGGCUGACGAGAGCUUGCAUCAAGCUGCGGGGAAAUGUGGUUUUCCUCCCCUCCUCUAGCAAAAUGCCCAAGCUAAGGGCAAAGAUGUAACUCAUUCCAACUGCAUGCGCCUGCAGGGUCUUCCUUGAAAAACCCGCGCAGCUUCCUACCUGCAGGCUUCCCUGAGACACUGGGACGUGGAGAGAGAUACUAAUGUCCCCUUAAUAUAUGGAGGAGCAUGUAUAGGCCCAGGAAUCAAUGCUGAUGGUGACCUCUCUCUUGACCCAAGUCACUUGGCUCCAAGCCUCUACUUUCUCCUCUGUAAAAUGGGGCUGAGGGGUGGGAUCCCCCAAGGGAAGGUGCAGCGGGGCUUUGAUUUUAAAGGAACAGGUGGUCCCAGAGCAGAACUGGGGGAGCGCAGAGGAGACUGGUUGCUGGAGGGGGGUGCUCACUGUGACCUCUGCACAACUGGAUUUUCGUGAGUUGUCCUACAGUUUAUUUCUAAUAAAGUUUAUUCUUCA